UGUUUUAUAUUAUAUUGUAACACGUAAUGUUGCGACAUAACAAAAUGGCAUAUCUCGUUGCAGUUCACUUCAUUGCAGUAUGUUACUGGUGGUCCUUUACGUUGCGAUACAAUAAAUUGCGAUGUUUCAUUGCGAUACGUUACUUUGCGAUAUAUUACAAUGUGAUAUGUUACGUUGCAAUAUGCUAUGUUAGAGUGCGUUAUGAUACAACAUGUUGUGUUUCAUGUUUACGUUGCAAAUCGCUUCAUUAUGAUGCACCAUUUUACAAUGCACUGGUUACUUCAUUAUGGAUUUUUGUUGGUAGUGUUAUGUCACUCUGCAUUUUGUUACAUUACAUUACAGUGCAUUCAUUUGUGGUGCUGUCUGCUUCCUCUGAAGUAGUACAGUAGCUUAGACCAACUACCGAAUCCUAAAGUCGAACAACUACACACCAACCAAAGUGAACUUGUCUGUCGACUUGUUAACUAUACUUCGGGUAGUUCUUAUUGGCAUGCAUAGCCGGCCAAGCGUAACUUCAGCCGACGGACGUCUGCAUCCAUAUUCAUCCGACUCAUUGUCACUCAUGUCCAAGUGUGUCGGCCUGCCAGUCAGCGGCGUCGUGUCAGCGAGUCUAUGAGAAGGUUAAAAAUAAGUCAGUUUAAGCAUCCGGACAAGAACUAUGAAUCCCAAAUCAGAGACAAAACCAGAAAAGACUGACAGUUAGAUGGCAGCCUGCGGGGAAAUAGAAGUUUUUUGCAAUUUAAUAAAUGUAAUAAUGACUUCCCUGCUGAAUUUUUUUGAAUGGUCCAUUUUCAUCAGGCAAAGAUAAGAUGGAACGUCGUCUCGAGCGUUUUUUUAUUACUGAUUUUAUUACUUGUCCGCACAAUAGUAGCCUCUCUGUAUCCUACUUUCGAGUUGACGGGGGGCACCCGGCUGUUUGACGUGCGUCACGGCGGUUGCGGGGACACCGCACCCCCGUAGGUCUGAUCUGGCAUCAUCACAGGAAUACCGUUGGGCCGCCUCCCUCCUGCCGACUCGCAAAGGAAUUGGGGUCGUUUUGACAUCAAUCUUCAACUCCAACAUCCCCAUUCAACAAUUCGUGGCACGGCCGCCAGGUACUUCUUGACCGCCAUCUGCUUGCGGUAGCGGCUGUAGCUGUCCGUGAAGAUGCCGUCCGAGUGGCGCUUGGACAGCGGCUCGCCGAUCUCGUCCGACGCCUUGCCCACGCUGUCGGGAAGAAAGAUAGAAGUGAGACCUAUACAAGGAGAAGCACAACGGGCCUCGCCACAAAUCACGGCCGUCACAUCGGCGCCUCUGCCCGGAUCCGCCUCGACUCAAGCUCGGGACAUGCCGUGGACGCGCCAGGCGAGACUGUCAGCGUCCAAAGAGGACUCAAACGCGAGCUGACUCCAACUCCGACCAGCCUCUUCUCGACCAUGCUGCCUCAUCAUCACAUCGCGUGGAGAAUGGAGGCGGAUCGCUUCCGCUCGGAAUAAGUCUUUUGCUCUUUUUGUCCUCCGUUGGUGUGAUUGACAGACGUCAAGAAAGACAGCGAGAAGAGAGAGACACCGAGAGAAAGCAGGGCGCCGUGAUGGGAUGCGUCAAAAGCAAAGAGGACAAAGGCCCCGCCAUCAAAUACGGCCAGGAGAAUCCUUCGCCGACCGAACCCAAUGCCGCCGCCGCCCUGCCCCACACUGGACACUACGGGCCAGAUCCGACCCAGUUACAACCCACUCUGCCGCCUUCCGCCUCCUGCGCUGGUGCAACUAACUUCAACUCUCCCUUCACGCCCUUCGGAGGGUCCUCAACUGGUAUGACCCCCUUUGGAGGGGCGUCCUCCUUCACCGGUCCAGUCUCCAACUCCUUCUCUGGUUCCGUCCCGAGUGGCGUGACCUUUUUUGUGGCGUUGUAUGACUACGAGGCCAGAACGUCGGACGACCUGUCGUUUAAGAAAGGCGAUCGAUUCCAGAUCAUCAACAAUACGGAGGGAGACUGGUGGGAAGCUCGCUCCAUCACCAGUGGGAAGAAAGGCUACAUUCCCAGCAACUACGUAGCGCCUGCAGACUCCAUACAGGCUGAAGAGUGGUAUUUUGGAAAAAUGGGCCGAAAAGACGCGGAGAGAUUGCUGCUGAAUCCAGGAAACCAUCGAGGGACCUUCCUGGCGCGAGAAAGCGAAACCACCAAAGGUGCGUUCUCUCUCUCCAUCCGCGACUGGGACGAAACCAGAGGUGACAACGUGAAGCACUAUAAAAUCCGUAAGCUGGACAGUGGCGGGUACUACAUCACCACGCGAGCGCAGUUUGACACCUUGCAGAAACUUGUCAAACACUACACAGAACAUGCUGAUGGACUCUGCCACAAGCUCACCAGCGUUUGCCCAACUGUCAAGCCUCAGACACAAGGUCUUGCCAAGGAUGCUUGGGAGAUACCCCGAGAGUCCCUAAGACUAGAGCUGAAGCUGGGUCAAGGCUGCUUUGGAGAGGUCUGGAUGGGUACAUGGAACGGCACCACCAAAGUGGCCAUUAAGACGUUGAAGCCAGGAACCAUGUCACCAGAAGCUUUCCUGCAAGAGGCUCAGAUCAUGAAAAAGCUACGACACGACAAACUGGUGCCGUUGUACGCUGUCGUAUCUGAGGAACCCAUUUACAUCGUCACUGAGUACAUGGCUAAAGGGAGCUUGCUCGACUUCCUUAAAGAAGGCGACGGAAAAUUCCUGAAGCUUCCCUUGCUGGUCGACAUGGCUGCACAGAUUGCUGACGGAAUGGCGUUCAUCGAAAGGAUGAACUAUAUCCACCGAGACUUACGCGCCGCCAACAUUUUAGUGGGUGAAAACCUGGUGUGCAAAAUUGCUGACUUCGGCCUGGCCAGGUUGAUAGAGGACAACGAGUACACUGCGAGGCAAGGAGCAAAAUUCCCUAUCAAGUGGACGGCACCGGAAGCGGCACUUUACGGUCGCUUCACCAUUAAGUCGGACGUGUGGUCCUUUGGUAUCUUGAUAACCGAGCUAGUCACCAAAGGCAGAGUGCCGUACCCAGGCAUGGUGAAUCGCGAGGUUCUCGAGCAGGUAGAGCGCGGCUACCGCAUGCCUUGCCCGCAGGGAUGCCCAGAGUCCCUGCAUGAAAUGAUGAAGCUGUGCUGGAAGAAGGAAGCGGACGAGCGGCCCACUUUCGAGUAUAUUCAGUCCUUCCUGGAGGACUACUUUACCGCCACAGAACCCCAGUACCAGCCUGGGGAGAACCUAUAGCUGACUACAGUAGGGAAAAAUGACUGUUAAACUGGAUGAUGAAUGGGCAAAUUGAAAGGUACAACCGAGCAAUCUAAUCUGAUCCAAGAGCUGUAACAAGAUUUUUUUCAGUUGUCCAACUAAAAAAGUCAUACACGGUACUCUACUGUAUAUCAGGGGUGGGCUAUUAUCUAUUAAUUUAAUGAUUAUUUAAUCAAAAGAGGAGGUCACUUUAAAAGAGAAGUUAAAAAUGUUUAAAGGGAUCCACAGAUAGAAAGUUCUUAAAAGAUAAACGUUAUUAUGAGUUAAAAUAAUUUGAUAUUGAAACCCCUCUUGAUGAUUUGGUUUUAAUACAAUUUGAAAAAUUAGUUUAACUAGUAGGUCGCCACUGUUGACGUCGCAGGGCGGUGACGUCACAUGGCUACGCUGCCGGGCUUUCAGAGUAUGACUCUAGCGACAUAAACAUGUCAUCUGUUCAACCCUUUCAAUUUGAACCCAAGAAUAGCAGCAAAAGCAAAAUGAACAGGAAAGACGGGAUGAGAGUAGGGGAAUAAAAAGUGUUCCGCCAAAAUGUGCUACACCGGCGAAACCUGCUACAAGAGGGGAAUUUGACACCCAAAGUACUACCGUGCGCUAUCAGGUUGUUUUGUUUAGAUGCAUACAGACAGAACAUACUAAAUACUGUAUGUCAUCACCCCGAAUGUCCGUUGCGCGCUUAAAACAUGGCACCCUCGGUAGGUCAAAACAUGUAUUAAAUAUCAUGAAUUUUUAGAUCAAUGGCAAUAUUUUAUGUGUUUCUAAUAUUUUAGUAAAAGAGAAAAAUUGUGGCAUAUAAGAGCCUUUAAGUCUGAGGUUCCCUUCAAAUGUGUACAUUAAAUAAUGUUAAAAUUAUGACUUUUUAAUUGUAUUGUUUAUAUUUAAUAUAAUUUUAAUUAUUUUGCUCAGGGGUCCCCAAACUACGGCCCGCAUCCACAUUUGGUCCGGCCCCCAUAACAAUUUUUUUUUCUCUCAAUAGUGUUAUUUAUUUCCUGGCUUUUUUUCUGUUAAGAACCCAGAGAGGGUUAUUUGGUUAUUAUCUAUUUAAUUAAUUAUAUUAUAUUAUAUUUAGGGCUGUCAAAAUUAUUGCGUUAACGGGCGGUAAUUUAGUUUUCAAAUUAAUCACGUUAAGAUAUUUGACGCAUUUAACGCACAUGCCCCGCUCAAACAUUAAAAUGACAGCACAGUGUUAUGUCCACUUGUUACUUGUGGUUUUUGGUGUUUUUCCGCCCUCUGCUGGCGCUUGGGUGUGACUGAUUUUAUGGGUUUCAGCACCAUGAAUGAGCAUUGUGUAAUUAUUGACAUCAACAAUGGCGAGCUACUAGUUUAUUUAUUUUUUUAAUUUUAUUAAAACGAAAACAUUAAGAGGGGUUUUAAUUUAAAAUUUCUAUAACUUGUUCUAACAUUCAUCUUUUAAGAACUACAAGUCUUUCUAUCCAUGGAUCGUUUUAACAGAAUGUUAAUGAUAAUGCCAUCUUGUUGAUUUAUUGUUAUGAAUGUAUAUAUCCGUCUUAUCUUUCCAUUCCAACAAUAAUUUACAGAAAAAUAUGGCAUAUUUUAUAGAUGGUUUGAAUUGCGAUUAAUUAAUUUUUAAGCUGUAAUUAACUCGAUUAAAAAUUUUAAUCGUUUGACAGCCCUAAUUAUAUUAUUAUUUUAUUUACUUUUGUUCUGAGAAGAAUCCAGAAAGGGUUAUUUGAUUGUGGCUUUCUGAAAAACAAUAAAUUUUUACAUUUAGGCACUCUUGCAAUCGUCACACUUUUUCUGUUACAAACUGACCCGGCCCCUCAUCAGAGAAGGGAAAGGUUAUGUGGCCCUCACAGGAAAAAGUUUGGGGACCUCUGAUUUAGCUAAUUUGAUCAAAUAUAAAUUUAUGUAUUUACUUAAAAAUAUAUAUAUAUUUUUAAAUUGCUGUACUUUAUUUUAUAACCACUUGCUGACCUAGAUUUAAGUACUAAGGGUCCCCAAGCCAUACUUUGCCCACCCCUGAUACACAUCAUAGAUCACACAGUGAAAUACGAUUUUCUAUGUGAAAUAAGUAUAAUAUCUAUGUUUCACGUUUUAAAUUGGACUAUUAGAACAUUGAAGAACACCAAUUUUAAAAUUCAACUGUUACAAGAUUGAUCACUUAAAGCUAUAAAAACUUAACUCAUUAGAAUGUACUGUAUGUAACGAAACGUCCAUUAAUGUAAUAAUGUUUCAUGUCAGCCUGGAGAGAAGCUAGAGUGGCAAAUCGGGAGCUCUCACUUAAUUUGCUGCCGUGUUUUACAAGGUGGCUCAGUAAAUUAUGCAUUAAAAGCAUUAAUUAUGAAUAAAGCUACGAUGGAGAAUCCGUCGGGAAUCGACGGCCUUCUGUCAUAUAACACAUCAUCCAUAUCAGGUGGUUUUCACACCAACUGUGCAUUCUAAAGCCUUGAAAAUCCAUAUAUUUCUGUCUGAUGAGCUUCAAAUACAACUUUUACAUUCAUUUCUAUGACUUUUUUUUUUUUUAAUAUAUACUGCUUAUUCUGACAGGAUUGUGUACUUAACCUCUUGAAAAUGUGACUGACCUCUGGAUCUACUCUACGUAUGUAUGUCAAGCGGCACAGCAAUAUACAGAAACUGCUUUAGGUACUGAUUAUUCAACUUUGUAUAUGAUGGGACAUUUUUUAUAUAAGCUAAUUGACAAAAAUGAAUGGGGAAACUCGCCAUGGGAUUUUUACAAUAAAGGAUUGAGUUGGUCCUGAUCUGCUUUGUAAUUUGUUUAAGGGGAACUUGUAGUGAUUA